AUGCAGCCCUCCACUCCUUUUGUCGACGUUGAAAAAUGUGGAUCGGAUAGCUCAAGAGAUGCUAUUAUCGACGUGGACAUCACCAGUCGUGCAGUCACGCUAGUGAACAAGGAGGCAAUUCGUCCAAAAUUGUCGCGUGCACAGAUCGACGCAGAAAUCAAGACGACAAAGACCAUACCGUUACAGGAGUACCCAACGGGCUACCCCCUACAAGCGGCUUUCCAGUCGAGUGAAUCCAGCUGGUCCAUCUAUCGCGGGUUCAGUUACCUACACGCUCGCGUCAUACUCGACUUGCAGGACGAGCUACGUUGUUUGGAAGAGGAUUUAGAAGAGGUAGACCUAGAGAAUGAAGGAGAGGAUCGGCUGCGGUCUCGGAAGGACGAUCUUAGGUUUGCGAAGGAUCAAGGCAUAGUCAGCCCUCGUGCUAGCCUCCUAGAAAAGAUCAGGAGCAAACUCCGGCCAUCCAACCGCGACUACCGCAGCUUUCGCACAUGGUUCUGGAACAAGAAGCCGCUUAGCUACGAGCUAGAAGAGCAGUUCAUCAAGCGUAAGGAAGACCUUGUUUCACUCCGACACGGUCGCGAAUGGUCCGGUUUCGACGGACUCAUCGAAUCCUGCAUCCAGAGGAGGGUAUUCGCAACGAAAGAACUUCGCGACAAGACGAAUGACGAGCAUGUUCACUACUACUCUCAGUCUCGCAUAAAGAAGCUUGUUGGGCUGAUCAUUACACUCAUCAUCUUUAUCCUCCUGGUACUCCCGGUUGUUGCCAUGUACAAGCUGACAUCGGUGGGUGAUCGUAACUCCACCUUCGACGCCGUUGGGAUUCUGGUUGUGUUCACAUUGCUAUUCUCUGCUGCCAUGAGCUUGCUCACAAAAGCGAAGCGACAUGAGCUUUUUGCAGCCAGUGCCGCAUACUGCGCCGUCCUGGUCGUUUUUAUCAGCAAUUUCAGCAAUGAUGGAAGCCGUCAAAGUGGAUGA